AUGCUUAUUUGCAGCUGUCACAAGCAACUGAACCAGCGAAUCAGCAACAACAUGGGUAACGUAAUGGAUCGCAAGGUGUCACCCACGCCCAGUCCCAUUGAGGCAAAGGCAAAGGAGGAAGAACAAGUUGCAGAACAAAAGCAGGAGGCGCCAAAGCUUGACACAAAUCUUCCGCUGCAAUUAUUCUGCUAUCGCCAGCAGCUGCCUGGCAAGAGCCAUCAUAUUAUGAAGUGGGCCACAGCCAAGUUGCUGCUUACCGAGGAGCUGCUCAAGCUUCAGCAGACCCAUCCCAAGGCUCCCUGUUGUCCCUGGGAGAACUAUGAGGCAACGAUGAUAGCGGACGAUGGAGAUGGCGACCAGGAGAACAGAGCUCCCAACAAUGAUGACCUGUCCCGAGAGCUGACCACUCUGAAGAGUUAUCGCAUGGAAUUACGCGAAACCAUCCUCAAGGUGGCCCACAAAAAGAAGACAAAGACUUCGCAAAAGAAACUGAAGCGCUUGAAUCGUCGCACCCUGAUCUCCUCGAAGAAGCCCAGCAGCAAGGAGAAACGCAAGCCUCAAUAUAACGAAUGGCUGCUGAGUGAGGACGAACCAGAAUGCCCCCUACAGGCAGACUAUCUGCAAGCACCCUCGCAGGUGGAUGUGGAUCCCCAGUUGGUGGAUCCUGUGCAGCAGCCGCGUUCCUUGCAUUUGGGGGUGCAACCUGAGGUCAUCACCAUUGACUGAUCCCCUACCGGAUCGAGUUGAAAAGAACCCCUAGAUUUAGUUCGCUUAGCUAAUUUAGUCGUUACACUAAUUCUAAUUGUACAUACCUAUAUUUGUUUUCAAACUGUUUUUAUUUCCAUUAAAAUAAACCCAAAUAUGCAAUCACCUCC